AUGGGAAGAAAAAUCUUGUUUAGUUUUUCACUUCUUUUUCUAUGUAUGGGAUUUUCACUAACUUUGGACCAGAUAUUUACCAGGAAGAAUGUAAGCUUCAUUUCUCAAACAUCUUCAAAUAAAGAAGUGGUUAUAAAGAAAGGUCAACAGAAUAAUGGAGAUAUGAAACCAAUCCAGAAUUUCACAACAAUGCCAAUCACGAAGGCUUUUAAAAAUCUGAGCAAAGAGGGACAUUUAGAAAAAGAACAUGGGAAUGCCUUCAGCCAUCAUAACCCUGUUAAUGUCUCCGUUGAUGGAAUUUCCUGCAUUCUCUUCUGGGCCAAAAGAAUAACAAUUAAAUUUAAGAAUCUGACCUGGCUGGACCUUACAGAUGAAACAUUUGAUCAAAAGGCAGUAGUGGAUACUGGCAACUCAAACUGCAGUGAGGAAAGUGCCACGUUGUCUCUGAAGUUUGGUGAUGCUGAAAAUCUACAAAGCUUUUAUAUGAGAUUCUUCCUUACCACUUACAACAAAUUGUCCAGCCAGAGUUGGUUUACUUUGCACCGAGUUGAGAUUAUUUUCAACAAUUCAGUCCAAGCAACUUUUAAUGUAACUGGCAUCUAUGCUCCGUCAAGUUAUUCCUACCACUGCCAACGUGUCAGCAGCCUGCAGCAGCAUGAUGCUCUCUUGUUGCCCAGUGACACAGAUGACAUGUCAAGCUUGUGGGAAGUCACCUUCAUUGAUUUUCAGAUCCAAGGCUUUACCACUGAAGGGCAGCAGUUUGCCAAGGCCCGGGACUGCACCUCUUCCUUCUCUCCAGCUGUUUUGAUUGGCCUGGCCAUGUCCCUGAUCCUGCUGCUGGUGCUGGCCUAUGCCCUUCAUAUGCUCAUCUACUUGCGCUAUCUAGACCGGCACUAUGAAUUUAUCACCUCUCCUACUCAUUUCCCACCGUUGAAAACUCGAGACCUGGCAGAGGAGAAGGAACUGCUCAGGAGCCAGGGAGUUGAAUGCUAUGAACUGAGGAGCCAACAGAUCUGCAAGAUUUAUGUUUAACAAGCAUGGGCCUCUCUCCUCUCUCUUUCUCACCAUGUCCACAAUGGCUCU